AUGUCACUGACCCCCUCUGCAUCAAACGCCACUGGUACUGUAGGCUCCUCAUCGUGUCAAGGCGCACAGGGAGUGUCCACUGGCAACGACACACAUAGCCAGACAUCAUCUGUAAACAACACCAUCAAGGCCAAGCACAGGAAGAAAAGACCGCAGAUACAAAAGACCCCGAGCUACAGCACCACGAAGUACGUCUACUCGGUUGACGACGACGUGGAGGAGCUGGAGCGUGACCUGGAGCGGGAGUACCUUGAGGGCUAUAACGACGCGUUGCGCUAUCGCUAUAAGAAGUCCAUCAAGGGCUUGAAAGACCUCGGAAAAGAUGAGGUGCAAAACUUGACACAGGGUGUCAUUCAGAACUUGGUCAACGCUGACAACGCGUUGUCGAAGCUCGAGCAGCGAGAAGGCGAUAUUCAUCGCCAUCACAGCCCACAAGAAGGAGAAGAACAAGGCGAGGAGCAAGGCGAAGAACAACAACAAGAUGAUGAUGACGAUGGUGAAGAUGACGACGACGACGACGACGACGAUGCAGAUGCUGCUUCGUUACAAUCACAGGGGUCCUUCACGUUGAGAGAACGUCAGGAUGCCAUCAACGAAACACAUCCAUUCGGUAUAAGAAUCUGGAAGCCUGCUCUUUACAAGAAAGUGCGUUCUGUGGAAAGAGAGGCAGAUAAGGACAUCCAUGAGACGGGUGCUUCGAAGAAGAAGAUAACCUGGGAGGUGUACCUGACCAACGUUAUCUGGUCAGCAACGUUUGGCUUGCUAUUCUUUAUACUCUGUACGUUCGGUUCAGCCAUUUUGGCAGUCUCAGGGUCGACCCCAUACGCCAAAGUGCUGUUCAAUUUGGGCAAGUAUUUACUGUGGCCAUUUGGUAAGAUUGUGUACUUGAAGAGGGAUUCCAAUUACCUCUCAGAAGAUCGUAACGAAGGCACCACUAUCCGUGAAUACGUUCGCUGGAGAAACGAAGAACACAGCAAGUUGUUCUUCUCCUCUUCGUAUACUCAUCCAACUGGUUCAGACUCAAGAGGUCAACAGAACCUCACAUCUGUCCAGUCUCAUGAUUAUAACCCACAACACCAAUUGGACGAUAACGCCAAUGAUGAUGACGAUGACCAACAAGAUCGUAAGUUGAGACUGUUCGGACGUGGUGAGUGGUCCAUCGGCAGGGUUGUGUUCUACCUGUACUUUUACCUGAUCAUUCAACCACUGUUUUGGAUAAUUGGAAUGGUGUGCUGGUUAUUGGUCUUCACAAUUCCAAUGGCUAAGGUGUUGCAGUCGAUUGGAGAUCACCUAAGAAGACACCCGUUGGCGAUUUUUUACAAGUUUGACUCCACGUUGCUACCUUCAGACCGUAACAUUGCAUCCACAAUCUUAGUGUGUACCUAUAGAUGCUUUGGCUUACACUACUACAAAUACACUGUGGAGGGUACAAACAUCUUCUUCAUAAACUUGAUGUUUGUUGUGAUCAUGACAAUCGUCAACUUCUUUGUCUUCAAGGAGUACUUUGAAUGGGAGAGUAUAUUCACAGAUGAAACGGUGAUAUUUGCCUUUUGUCUCCUCUCAAUUAUACCAUUGGCAUACUUCAUCGGCCAGGCAGUGGCAUCCAUCAGUGCACAGUCCUCCAUGGGUGUUGGUGCGGUGAUUAAUGCCUUCUUUUCCACAGUGGUGGAGAUCUUCCUCUACUGUGUGGCAUUAAACCAAGGGAAGGGACUGUUGGUUGAAGGUUCACUUGUUGGAUCCAUCUUGGGUGCUGUGUUAUUACUACCAGGAUUAUCGAUGUGUGCAGGUGCCUUCAUCAGAAAGACUCAACGUUAUAACCCAGCUUCUGCCAGUGUUUCUUGUACAAUGCUACUGUUCUCCAUAUGUGUUAUGUUUGCACCAACGGUCUUCCAUCAAAUCUAUGGAAGCUACGAGGUGAAGUGCACGCCAUGCAAUGACAUAGGCGUAAAGAGCUCAUGUCAGAACUGUCAUUUCUUCCAGCCUCCUCUUCAAAUCAAUUAUUUCUUCAGUGCCAUCUUGAAGCCAUUCUCUAUCAUCUGUGCUAUUCUCUUGUUCCUGGCGUACACCAUCGGUCUAUGGUUCACUCUACGUACACACGCUGCGUUGAUUUGGAGUACCCCAAUAACAGAUUCCAAACCAAAGCUGACAGCAUCGCAGAUCUCAGUGGAAGGUGGUGCUCAACCAACACCGGCAGAGCAGGCUGAACCGCAAGGCCAUGAUGCUCCAAACUGGUCAAGGUCCAAGUCCACCAUUGUCUUGUUGGGUGCCACGCUGCUAUAUGCGAUCAUCGCAGAGAUCUUGGUUGAUUGUGUUGAUGCGGUGCUACAGGACUUCCCUAUAAACCCCAAGUUCUUGGGAAUAACGAUCUUUGCACUCGUGCCAAACACUACCGAGUUCUUGAAUGCCAUUUCGUUUGCAAUGCACGGUAAUGUUGCACUUUCCAUGGAGAUUGGGUCUGCGUAUGCUUUACAAGUGUGUCUACUUCAGAUUCCGUCGUUGGUUCUCUAUUCUCUCUUCUUCAUUAACCCGGACGACAGCAACAACUGGUCGGUCCGUGAAUCCAUGUUUACCUUGAUCUUCCCUAAUUGGGACGUUGCAGCGAGUGCCGUCAGUGUUGUGCUCUUCACGUAUAUCUACGCCGAAGGAAAGAGCAACUACUUCAAAGGCUCCAUCUUGGUCUUGGUCUAUGUGAUUGGGCUGAUUGGAUUCUAUUUUACCGGUGUGAUUUCCUCCAGUAACGGUGGCUUUACACAGUCCUUCACCAUCAUGACUUGA